AUGGACAAUAGUGAGGGUGCUACUGGAGCCCCAGCUGGCACCAUGGUUCCCCAGGAGCUGCUGAAAGAAAUGCUUUGGUUUUUUCGUGUAGAAGAUGCAACUCCUUGGAAUUAUUCCAUCCUUGCCUUGGCAGCUGUGGUGGUCGUGAUAAGCAGCAUCCUCCUGGGAAGGAGCAUCCAGGCAAACAGAAAUCGAAAGAUGAAGCCACCGGAAAAAGAAAUUCCAGAAGUCCUGCAUUUGGAUGAGGCUGGAACCAAAGAUAGCAGCCUUGACAACCUAAAAGAGACUUUGCUCUCAGAAAAGCCAAACUUGGCCCAGGUGGAAACUGAGCCAAAAGAGAGAGAUGUCCCCCCAGUUCUCCUUCCAGACCCACCAGCAGCUGAGAGCCAAUGA